CUCGGCCAUGAGGGUUUCAUGCCGAUGCAUCCUACGGGAGGCAGCUUAGAGAAACUUACCCGCGCCGAUCAUCUUUAAACUUUCUUGCUCACCUUGACCAGCGCUCAAUUAAUUUUCUCGUGCUCAAGAGUGAAAUUCUCUUCAAUUGACCAAGACUCGAUUUCUUUGUUUGAAUCACCUCAAGAUGAGACUCAUUAUUCGCGAAGACCCCUUUGCAGCGUCAAAGUACAUUGCCGACUACAUUAUUGACCGGAUCAAGGCGUUCGGCCCUACGCCGCAGAAGCCGUUUGUGCUGGGACUGCCGACUGGAAGCAGCCCCGAGAUUAUCUACAAGCAUCUCGUCCAGCGCUUCAAGUCUGGUGAAAUCUCCUUUAAAAAUGUAAUCACUUUUAACAUGGACGAAUAUGUGGGCAUUCCGCGCGACCACCCGGAAAGCUACCACACUUUCAUGUACAAGCACUUCUUCUCCCACGUAGACAUUGACCCUGCCAACAUCAACAUUCUCAAUGGCAAUGCACCGGACCUCGAGGCUGAAUGUCUUGCCUACGAAGAGAAGAUCAAGCAAGCCGGCGGCAUCGAGCUCUUUCUUGGCGGCAUUGGACCUGACGGACAUAUCGCUUUUAAUGAACCCGGCUCCAGCUUAGCUUCACGCACGCGGGUCAAGACUCUAGCUUAUGACACGAUUCUGGCCAAUUCUCGUUUCUUCGGAAAUGACCUGAGUCAGGUGCCUCGCAUGGCUUUGACCGUUGGUGUCCAGACCGUUCUCGAUGCACGAGAAGUGGUGGUGAUUAUCACGGGGGCACACAAAGCCCUGGCCUUGCAAAAAUGCCUUGAGGAAGGCUUGAACCACAUGUGGACCCUUUCAAGUUUGCAGAUGCACCCUCAUCCCAUGAUUGUGGUCGACGAAGAUGCAACCUUGGAGCUCAAGGUGAAGACUGUCAAGUACUUUAAAAGCAUCGAGCGCGUUGCCUCGGAACUUGGAUGGGGCCAAGGACUUCCGUCGGCCGCGCAUAUUGAGACCAAGCAAGCUGCCAUUGCGCAGGAGUUGUCCACUCCAACGAAGGCCAAGAACGCCUUUUCCAUGCCACCUACCCCGAUUACCCCGGUUUCCAAGGAGCUCCCAGAACCCGAGAUUGCCGACGAUGAGCUUACCCCGGAUCGCAUGUCGUCGCGGAUAUCGGACUCUGGCAAUGUAGCUGGCCUUGAUGGUCUCAUUCCAGGCGACGUACCACUGAAGUCUAUGGGAUCGCGGGUGAUCACAAUCGGGUCUUAGAUCUUUUGCCUUUGAUCUUGUCUCAUUUGUGCUGGAUAUGUUCCCUCUCUCUCCCGCAGCAUCAACCAUGGGCAUUACGAAUUUGACGAAGUGACGAAGACUCACCAUUAUUUUUUGCAUUUGGUGUGAACAAUCUCUAAGGUUGAAUGAUAUUCAUUGAA